UGGCGGCGGCGAGCUCAGUCAUCGCUUGGCGUCGGUGUGGAACGCUUCUGCGCGCGAAACAGACUCUUGGAUUAUACGCGCGGCGCGGAGAGCACGUUUUUUUCUGACGACGCGCGAAACGACAGCGUCUCUACCCGGAGGAAUACGGCUCGUGGAUUAUCGGCGGCGUUUCGGUGCCAGUGCUUGUGAAUGACGUGUGCGGUGGUCUCGUUUCCGUAGCGAUGGUGCCUCAUACGUCAAGUCUGCACCCGGAUACGAUGGAGCAGAAGCCGCGGGGCCAGCAGUUUGGCUCGCUGAAGGUGGACGUGAACUCGCCGACGCCCUACACGGACGCCACGCAGUGCAAGAAGGUCACCAACCACAUCAAGCGUCCCAUGAACGCGUUCAUGGUCUGGUCGCAGAUCGAACGCAGGAAGAUAUGCGAACAGCAACCGGACAUGCACAACGCGGAGAUCAGCAAGCGGCUGGGACUCCGCUGGAAGAUGCUCUCGGACCUGGAGAGAAAACCCUACAUCGAGGAGGCCGAGCGGCUGAGGCUACUGCACAUGCAGGAGUACCCGGAUUACAAGUACAGGCCGCGCAAGAAAGCCAAGACGUGCGUGAAGACGCCCGAAAGGCCCGCUCCCGUCGCGAAGGCGAGUCACCACCACGCUGCUGUCACUCCGCACACGAGCAGCAGCAGCAACAGCAGCAGCGGAAGCAGCAAGCACAGCAGUCACCACCACGGCACUCACCACAAGUCGCACCAUCACCACCACCACCAUCAUCAUCACCACCAUCACCACAAGUCGUCCAAGAAGUCCGCUCCGAUGACGGCCACGCUCAAUCCGAGGCUCAAACUCAAGCUCACGAUCGACGACAAGUUCAAGAAAAGCAUCAGCCGGUCCAAGCACGUGCCGCUGUCGACCGGCCAGCUCACGCCGCCGGCCAAAGUUCCCUGCUCGCCGUCGGCCGACGAACCCGCGUCACCGGAGAGCGCCAACCUCAGUCUCUACGAGGACAUGGUUGUCGACGUGAAACCCACGAUGGUCGGACUUAUUUCGGCGGCGUCGCCGUCGUCGAGCACGACGUCGUCGUGCUCGUCGGUGUCGUCCUCGACGACGAGUUCCUCCGUCCAGUCCGCCACGACUCAGCAGUCUCGGUUCGUCGCGGCCGAUACGUCGACGCAGCUCGCCGAUCUCGAUCACCUCACCGAAGUGUUCGACCUCACGUCCAACUGGGCGGAAUUGAACUCUCUGACGAGUCUGUCGACGCCGUUGGGCGACGUGGACGCGGUGGACUCAGCCAGCUCGAGCUCGGCGACGCAUUUCGAGUUUCCGGACUACACCACGCCCGAGGUGUCCGACAUCCUCGGUGUUGGAUGGUUGGAGAACAGUCUCAUCACCGCGGGCAUCAACUGCUGAAAGCGCAUGCACAAAAAAAAGGCAAGGCAGAGAAAGAUGUGAGCAAAUACGCGGAGAGAAUGGCGAGGCGAUGCCUCGGUUUUGUAGCAGACGACGCGUGCGUUAGGCUUACCGCUCCGUCGUCUGCGUCGACAGAGUGCACUUUCCCGCCAAGCUUUCUCUCUUGUUUUUGCUUUAUGCGGUUUUAUUUUUUUCUGACGCAUGGUGGCUGCUGCUGUAUUUUCUCUUCUCACGUGUUUCACUUUGUUGUGCUGUCAGUGUUCCCUAGCUAUUUUUUUUCUUGCUUUUGUUUUCUAAAUAUUUUUUUUUCUUCCGCAACUUGUCACUGUUCCUAUCUGCCAACUUGAGAACGUCAGCGCUGCGUUUUAUGGUAACACAAACGACGGAAAAGAAACAAAAAAAAGAAAGAGAAACCAUUAAUGCAGUGUUUUCGAUUGUCCUCGUUGCUGACUUGGCGCUUGCUGCCCUCCCAUUUCCGGCAACUGUAGCGGCAUUUGGCCGAAGUUCAUAUUCUGUUUUCUUUCUUACUUUCUGACGCGUUCGUCGUUGAUAACGUUCUUUUAUCCUUUCGCUCUGCGCACAUUUUUUUUUUUUUUCUGUGGUUGCGUUGAGUCCUAGCUUUAAAGUCUUACGCGUAGGACACGAUCUCACGGCGUUAGUUCCACUCCAUGUAUAUUUGUGCCGUACGUUUUUUCCCCUCUUGUCUGCGCUGCCGAGGAUAUGGUGAAAGAAAAAUGCUAGGCGCGCCGCGUAGGUUCAGGUUGUACUUUUUCUACGGCCCCUGAUAGAUUUCAAAAUUGCUUUCCUGUUUAAACUAUCAAAUCCUCCGUCUUCCUACACAUCAACAAGUUUGUCUUGGCGUGUUGAACGCAUCAGACUGAAGAUACUCCGUUUUUAUUUUUUUAUUAUUUAUUCUCAGUAUCCCCCUUAUCUAUUGCGAUUAUUACUUCGAUAACAAUGCAACCCCGGUUCGCCGGUGGUGGUGUAUGAAACUUAGAAAAGGGUACUACGCCGUACGUUUCCGUGCGUUUAUAACACUAGGAGUUGCUUCGUUUUUUAAUUUAAAGGGUUUCCUUUACGAAACAUAGCUACUCUUAUCCGUUAACUUUUUCUACAGCUGUUCUUUCAACACGACGACCCGUCCUUUUGGUAGCCUCAAGUUGUCGUUAGACAACCGCUAAUCGCGUUUUUUUUUUUUCGUUUUUUUUUUUAAGUUAAUAUUUCUACGAUUAUUAUAUUGAGUACUUAUUCAUGGGCAUUAGUCGUGUAUGUUAUCCGAACUUCGUCAAUACUGAUAGUACUCAAGUAGUGGUACUGUUUUUUGGUAAUACUGUGCAGUCGAGAUCGAUGAAAGUGAUGGUGCGGAGGUUUGUCACGUCGAUUCAUCAAUGUACGAUGUAUCUAGAGGUUUCGUCACGUUAAUCUUUUUUUUUCUAUAUAAGUUUAUUUUUAUUAUUAUUACAAAGUCUGAUGCUGCGAUGAAGUUCCGGCUCUUAACGCAAACAUACAAAAAGUCAAGUCCUCGUGUAUUUAUGAUUGUGAUCGUUCCGUAACGUUGCUGUUUUUUUGUUUUGUUUUUUUUUCGUCAAUAUUUUGCGUUUUGUUGAGUUAGCCCAGUUUCCUAGUUUAUCUUAGGUUCGUGUUGGUCGUCAGGCGGUGAAGAGUUUUUUUUUUUUUUUUAUUUUUGUUUCCUCGUGUACGAACUCAUUAAACGUGUGUUGUUUCGUUCUUUAGUCGUACCUGGAAAGAAAAAAGCUUAAAAAAAAAAACGAAAGAAAACAAAGUGUAAUAAGUGUGCAAAACGAUAAUCGAUUCUUUUUAAUAAUGUAAACUGCUUUUUUUUUUUUUUUUUUUCUUCUUAAACAGUACGAUCGUGUGCGUGCUUUUGUACAUAGAGCGAGUCGCUUCAGAUUUUGACCGCGUAACCGAAGACUUGGAUGUUUACGUGAAUGUUUUUUCAGGGAUUUGCCGUUUGUAUGUUUUCAACUUCGAAACGUGCUCGUGGGUUAUUGAAUGUAGUUUUAUUCCUUUUUCUUUCCCCCUUUUCCGAAUGUCUGCCUGUGUCGAUAAGGUGUUUUUCUGUGUGUACAUUAUCUCGGGUGAGUCAGUCAGUUUUAUGUCUUUCUGUAUUUUUGUUUGGUUCUUCAAGUUUUCUUGUUUUGUUUUUCUCGUGCGAGUGUGAUUUUGUCCCGCCACUCUCAAAAGGGACUAACAUUUUUGUGUGUGUUGUGUCGAACAGGGCUGGUUGACCUGUGAGUUUUUUUCUUUCUUUUUUCUACGACUGUAAAUAGUAUAAAUAUAUAUAUAUGCGCGAGCGAGCACACACACACACACACGGAUAGAUAUAUAAAGUAUAUUUGUACAUUUUAAAAUAAAAAAGGAAAACGCAAAAAAAAAAA